CGGUGAGAAUGGUGAUGUUGAAAAGCCUCAAUUCCACCUAGCCUAUAUGGCAAUGAGAAACAGGGGGGAGAUUCUACGCCUUAUGCUUGAGGAAUCCGGGUGUUCGUACGACUUUGAAAUCAUUGGAUUCAAAAAUUGGGAAGGGGGGGUGAAAGCUACAACUCCGCAGGGCAAAUGCCCAAUACUACGAAACUAUGAUGGCAACGGUAACGACCUCGGUCAGGAAGGGGCUAUCACCCGAUUCCUUGCCAAGGAAUUAGGCUUUUCCGGGAGGAACUCUGCGGAGGAAGCGGAAGUAGACAUGAUCUACUCCUUCUGGUUCUCCACCAUGAGAAACAACGGUAUAUCACACGAUGGCGAACACUUCUCUGUUGCUUCCCUCCGAGAUGCCGCUCCCACGAAUCAGCGACCUCGGUACCAAGACGUCUUUCGGCUAAAUACAUUGUCAAAAGCAGAACGCAGUCUCAUGGCACUGGGAUACUUUGAGGAAUUGCUCGAAGCGUCUGGGAGCGGAUUCUUAGUCCCUGGUGGACUCACCUACGUUGACCUGGGAUUGUUCUACAUACUUUUCGAGCUAGCCGAGGAGGAUAACGUUCCGAAUUUUGCCGAAAAGUUCGGCUUUCCUAAACUCGGUGCCUUCUUGGAUUCCAUGCAAAAUCGCCCAAGAAUAAAGGAUUACAUCGAAUCACCCGGGCGCAUGCCAAGGUACCAGAGAGAUACUGACGGCACGAGUCUCUAUACGUAUGUCGAGGGCAAAGGUUCGCCGCGUCGAUAGAGAAACGCAGAGACGAGACAAUAUUUCAAUCAAAAAUGCCAACAAUG